AAAAAAGCUUUCAGUAAUAAUUUAUGAGCGCUCGAAUGUUGGCAUUGAACGUAAUAUUCCGUGGUUUGUGGGGGACUGGAACUAGUUAGACCUGUGACGUAGCUUAAGGGACGCUGAGCUAAACACGAUGCGUCGAGUAGUGGUUUGCAAGGUCAAAUAAGUGUUUUUUUGCAGUAAAUAAGGAGUUUAAAAUGUGUGAUAACAGUUCUGAUUCAGAUGAUAGUCAAAAUGACUCAGAAGAUAACUUCAUUCCGGGUGUGUACGAGUUUCAAGAUCGUAUUGAGGACGAAAACGAACGUCAAGAAUCGUCUACAUCUGAGGACCAUGUCGACAUUGAGAAUGAUCCUUACAAUGACGAACCACUGGCCAACGAAGAAUGGCUAAAACUUUACAGAGAAGAGGAUGAGGAAAGAAAAGACAUGGAAAAAGAUCUUUUCAACAGAGUAGAAGGAAUUAGAGCAGUUGAUUCUUGGUGUAAAUGCGGCAACUGUAACAGAACACACUUGGAAAACAUAAAUGAAUGUUUUUGCUGCCUUGAGAUUGACGAAUGUGUACGUGCACUUAGCGACAAAUUGGUUUUAGAGGACACGAGUGAACCUCCGUGUUGUAUAACGCUUCAUCCAGGAUUUUCGCCUGUGUGUUUAGAGAAAUGGUCUCUCAGAACGGCUGCAGCAAAAUAYAAACGUCAAGAUCGUACAAGAUACAAACAAACGGGAUCUGAAGCAAGGCAAGUGACAGAACGGAAGAACUCGAUACGCACAAAGCCUAUAUUUGUCAUAUGA